UUUCUACUUCACCAUAGCUAUACACAUAAUGUCUCUCGACGGGGUCAAAAAUAUUGUCCUGGUUCUAUCCGGCAAAGGAGGAGUCGGAAAAUCCUCCGUAACCCUCCAACUAGCCCUCGCCCUCUCCCUCCAAGGCAAAUCCGUCGGUAUUCUCGACAUAGACCUAACAGGCCCCUCAAUCCCCCGCCUAGUCGGCCUCGAAGAUGCAAAGAUCACCCAAUCGCCCCAAGGCUGGCUCCCAGUUCCAGUGCACAGUGCAAUCACUUCCCAAACGGACACAGCAUCUUCCCCCUCCGCACGUGGCUCCCUACACUGCAUGUCCCUAGGCUUCCUCCUCCGAGACCGCGGCGACGCGGUAAUCUGGCGCGGACCCAAGAAAACUGCUAUGAUCCGCCAGUUCCUUUCGGAUGUCUCGUGGGGCUCAACAGAUUACCUGCUUAUCGAUACGCCGCCGGGUACGAGUGACGAGCAUAUUGCGCUUGCUGAGCAGCUACUUACACUCUCAACUGCGGAUCCGGUGCUCGCGAUGCAGAAUGGUGUGCCUAGAUUGGCGGGUGCGGUGCUGGUUACUACGCCACAGGCUGUUGCAACGUCGGAUGUGCGCAAAGAGGCAAAUUUCUGCGUCAAGACUAACAUUCCUAUUCUUGGAGUUAUUGAAAACAUGUCGGGCUAUGCGUGUCCGUGCUGUGGGGAGGUAAGUAAUUUGUUCUCGAGUGGGGGUGGAGAGGUUAUGGCGCAGCAGCUCGGGAUUCCAUUUUUGGGAAAGGUGCCUGUUGAUGUCAAGUUUGGGGAGUUGGUUGAAGGGAAGAUGGAGAUGAGUGAUGACGAAGAUGAGGACGAGGUGGAAGGUGAAGACGGAACGCAGAAGGCGCAGCAGGUUGAGCCUACUGAGCCGGAUGAUAGGCCGCUUGUUGAAAAGUAUCAGGAGGGAUGGUCCUAUCCUCGGUUUGAGGGAUUUGCGAAAACGAUUCUUGGGGGCUUGCAGCAGACCACGGCUUAA